CUAACUCAGACAGUCUGCACGCCUUGGACAUAUCCCCUGGAGGUUCCGGCCAGAUCCACGCCUUCCAGCACGGGGACAAAUGAUUUGUGAAACGCGGUCAUGUUCCUCUCGCUGGAUGAUCUCCCGCCGCGGGGCUGUCAAGUUAGCCCGAACGUUGAUGGCACGGUGUAUUGUUCCCAACAUUUCGACGAAAGGAAGAACGAUGCUCUUCAGAGGGCAGGGGAAGCUCGUGAGAGAUAACAAGGUCGGGAUGAUAAAGAGCACGAAGAAUUACAGGAAGAUAGAAUACAUAAAGAUGAGGCGCCAGCCCCUUCUUCUGAGAGGGCAAGCUCUUACGGCGGUGCGAUUAUUGGUUUCUGUUGGUCGCUUUGCUCUCUUCAGGUGAGCGGCGCAAGGAAGGCCGACGGAGUGUGUACAAACAAAUUAGGAAGACGCGUAUUAUUGCCGGGCUGCUGGAACUGCCUCAGCCCGGGAGGGAGGAAAAGCUCCUUCUUGAGCUGCCCGAUGGGGGGCCGGGCGGCUCGGGGAGGGCUUUAUUA